AUACUAUUGGACAAUGAUGCCAAAGUUGAUACAAGUCAGCACAACUAUGCCGAAGAGCUCCAGGUGGCUUUAGAGAAGGGCCACAGGCAGGUAGCGGAGCUGUUUCUAGAAAAGGGUAUCUGUAUCCACAAAGACAAAUCCAAUUACGAGGCUGCACUCUCUGUGGCUUCUGCUGAAGGUUAUAAACGUGUGGCAGAGCUUCUGCUAGAGAAGGGAGCAGACCCCAAUGUUGCAGACGCAGACGGACGGACGCCACUUCAAAUGGCAGUUGAGAAGGAAUGUCCCGAGAUUGUAGCGCUGUUGCUAGAAAAAGGAGCA